AUGGCGUGCGGUGUUUUCACGCAGUCUCUGUUUUCCGCUCAGACGUCAAAGUUGCCGGUUUCGAAUAAUAUAACGCAUCCCUGUGUUUCUGUCAAGCCAUUUCUGAGCAUCUCUAGAUCUGACUCCUUUUCGACCCAUUUGAGGAAGACCCAUAAAAGUUUCAUCGCCAGCUCCGCCACCUCCGGCGACGGCAUAUCCACGGCGGAGACCCCAAUUGAACUGAAGUACGCUGCAUUUCCAACAGUCAUGGACAUCAACCAGAUCAGGGAGAUUUUGCCUCACCGAUUCCCGUUUUUGCUAGUGGAUAGAGUUAUUGAAUACACUCCCGGGGUGUCGGCUGUUGGCAUCAAGAAUGUGACGAUAAACGAUAACUUUUUUCCUGGUCAUUUUCCUGAGAGGCCAAUUAUGCCUGGUGUGCUCAUGGUUGAGGCAAUGGCCCAAGUUGGCGGGUUGGUGAUGCUACAACCUGAGGUGGGAGGCUCACGGGACAAUUUCUUCUUUGCUGGAGUCGACAAAGUGAGGUUCAGAAAGCCGGUAAUUGCAGGAGACACUUUGGUAAUGAGAAUGAAUCUCGUCAAGCUUCAAAAGCGCUUUGGCAUAGCGAAAAUGGAAGGCAAGGCAUACGUAGGCGGUGAAGUUGUUUGUGAGGGUGAAUUCUUGAUGGCCAUGGGGAGCGAGUGA